AAUAUGGAUAGUAAAUCCAUUUUGGAAGAACUGCUUCUCAAAAAGUCACAGCAAAAGAAGAAAAUGUCACCUAUUAAUUACAAGGAGCGGCUUUUUGUUCUAACGAAAACAAGCCUUUCCUACUAUGAAUAUGACAAAAUGAAACGAGGAAGUAGAAAAGGAUCGAUAGAAAUUAAGAAAAUCCGAUGCGUGGAAAAAGUCAACCUUGAGGAGCAGACACCCGUGGAGAGACAGUAUCCAUUUCAGAUUGUAUACAAAGAUGGGCUUCUUUAUGUCUAUGCGUCGAAUGAAGAGAGCCGAUGUCAGUGGUUGAAAGCGCUACAAAAAGAGAUACGGGGCAACCCCCACCUGUUGAUCAAGUAUCACAGUGGCUUCUUUGUGGAUGGGAAGUUCCUGUGUUGCCAGCAGAGCUGCAAAGCAGCCCCAGGAUGCACUCUCUGGGAAGCAUAUGCUGAUCUGCACAUUGCAAUCAGUGAUGAGAAACACAGAGCCCCCACUUUUCCAGAGAGGAUACUGAAGAUCCCAAGGGCAGUUCCCAUUCUCAAAAUGGAUGCACCAUCCUCAAGUGCCAUUCCACCCCAAUAUGACAGCCACUUAAAGAAAAGUUAUGACUCCCAGCCAACCGUCAACAUACGCUAUAUUCCAAGGGAAGACUGCCCUGACUGGUGGCAAAUAAGGAAACCGAAAAGUGAGGAAGACAUUGUCAAGAGAAACUGAAAUUGGAAAGAAAGAAAUAUUGCACCACAGCCUUCAAAGAUGUCAUGGGAUUCUCCUGAGUCAAGUUCAUCUGAAGAAGAGGAAAAUCUGGAUGCUUAUGACUGGUUUGCUGGGAAUAUCUCCAGGUCACAAUCUGAGCAGUUACUGAGACAAAAGGGAAAAGAAGGCGCAUUCAUGGUGAGGAAUUCCAGCCAGAUGGGGAUGUACACCGUGUCCUUAUUCAGCAAGGCUGUAAAUGACAAAAAAGGAACUGUCAAACAUUAUCACGUGCAUACCAAUGCUGAAAAUAAAUUAUACUUGGCUGAAAACUACUGCUUUGAUUCUAUUCCAAAGCUCAUUCACUAUCACCAACAUAAUUCAGCAGGUAACUUCUUUCAUGUUCGCCACCCAGUGUCAACUAAGGCCAACAAAGUCCCUGGGACUGUGGCUCAGGGGAAGAAUUCUUGGGAACAAAGAGAAGAGAUCACUUGUUGAAGGAGCUGCAAGGCUGCCUUUGGAGUGGUCCAGCUGGGUGCGUGGAAGCAGUAUUCUGUGGCUGUGAAGAUGAUCAAGGAGGGCGCCUAUGUCAGAAGAUGAAUUUUUCAGAGGCCCAGACCUAUGAUGAAACUCAGCCAUCCCAAGCUGGUGAAAUUCUAUGGAGUAUGCUCAAAGAAAUACCCCAUCUAUAUAGUAACUGAGUAUAUAACGAAUGGUUGCUUGCUUAAUUACCUGAAGAAUCAUGGGAAAGGACUAGAAAGCUCCCAGCUCUUAGAAAUGUGCUAUGAUGUCUGUGAAGGCAUGGCCUUCUUGGAGAGCCAUCAGUUCAUACAUCGGGAUUUGGCUGCUCGGAACUGUUUGGUGGACAGUGAUCUCUCUGUGAAAGUCUCAGACUUUGGAAUGACGAGAUAUGUCCUUGAUGACCAGUAUGUCAGUUCAGUAGGAACCAAGUUUCCAGUCAAGUGGUCGGCCCCAGAGGUGUUUCACUAUUUCAAAUACAGCAGCAAGUCGGACGUAUGGGCGUUUGGGAUCCUGAUGUGGGAGGUGUUUAGCCUAGGCAAGCAGCCCUAUGACUUAUAUGAUAACUCUGAAGUGGUUGUGAAGGUCUCCCAGGGCCACAGACUCUACCGGCCCCAACUAGCAUCAGACACUAUCUACCAGAUAAUGUACAGCUGCUGGCAUGAGCUUCCAGAAAAGCGCCCCACAUUUCAGCAACUCCUAUCUGCCAUAGAACCACUCCGGGAACAAGAUAAGCCAUGAAGAGAAAUUUCAGAAUGGUGAUGAAAAUGAAUAUAAACAUUGACCAACACUCUCAUUGUAAGGGGAGUAGAAAGACGCCAUGUAUUAUAGCUAGUUCUUAAUAAUGGUCUGUGUGUUGUUUAACUGCUAUAUUACCUACCAAGAAAAGCAAGGUAGGAAACAAGGUAUUUCUUUGAAAUUUAGGUUAAAUUGGUCAUUUUUGUUUGUGCUGCUUUUAGUGUACUACUUCCCAGACUAUUGUAGAAGUUCAUUUUUAGAUUACACUUUCCAAAGGGUGUGUACUGUGUAUAAAGGGAGAGCGGGAUUGAAAAGGUAAUUUGUUGGGAGUUCAGUUUUUUUCUAUUGGCACUUGUGUGGUAAUGAAAUAUCUUUUCAAGAACAGAAAUGUAUAUGUUUGCUUCUGUAUGAGAAAUGUCUCGGGCAUUUGAGUA